AUGAAACACUUGCUUGGGCUCGAGCGAGAUCAAACACGCGAAGGAUUAUUUCUAUGUCAACAGAAGUAUGCCAAAGGUCUCUUACAAAAGUUUGGGAUGCAAGACUACAAACAUAUCUCCACCCCUAUGGAGCUAAAUGCUAUGCUACGUUCAUAUGAAGGCAAAGAUUUGGAGGAUACUUCUAUAUAUCAUCAACUUGUGGGAAGCCUAAUUUACUUGACGCUAACGAGACCAUAUAUUUCGUUUGCCGUUGGAGUGGCAAGUCAAUUUAUGCCAAAUCCUAAGAAGCCUCAUCUAGAAGCUGUUAGGAGUAUAUUGAGGUAUGUGAAAGAAACCACUAAUUUUGGUAUGUUAUAUAAGAAAGGAGAAGCAAUCAAAACAAUUAGACACUGUGAUGCGAAUUAUGCUGGGAAUCAUAAUACAAGACAGGCAACAACGAGCUAUGUUUUCCAUCUUGGUUUAGGACUAAUUUAUUGGUGUAGUAAGAGACAACCGACAGUAUCACUCUCAACUACUGAAGUAGAAUAUAGAGCAGCUGAAAUGGCAGCUUAA